AUGCAGUAUGACGUCAUUUACAGUGACCAAUCACUUGACUGGUUUCCAUCGUCCUCGUCCAAUAAGACGCGACGAGGAGUGCAUGUCAGUCACAGGUGAGGGUGGAUGGAAAAAAAAAUGGGUGAAAAGGGCCGGAGGUUGGAGCUGCCCAGGCUGAUGGCACAGUUAUGCGGAGCAGCAGCUUCGUGCCUGCAGAUGUGCGAGCAACUUUUCACGGCUUCUUCCGCGGGGAUGCGACCAAAACGCGACACCGGAGGGAAACUUUAAGCGGUGGGAACGUUCUAAAAUGCGGAUGAACUGACAUUCCGCCUUAUUACUCAACUUGAAGACUGAAAAACUUGGUGAAAAAUGGCCGUGCGUGGCAACUCUCUGAUGCCUUUCUCGAUCCAAGCCAUCCUGAACAAAAAGGACGACGGUCGACACUUGCCAGAUUUGGAUGUGUGCUUCUCUAAGACUGCGUGUUGGAAAAUAUUCGGGGGAUCGAGGACAGAAGACGGGGAGGCUUGUGAGCCGACGGACCAGAAAAGCUACGACUCGGAUUCGGGACUCAGCGAUGACAACGACGGCAAGACUCCGCCUGAUGUGUGCAAGUCUGAGAAGGACGGGGAUCUCGCAUCCGACGUUCCGGAGGAAAGCCUGCAGGAGGAAACGGACCACGAGUCUGCAGCGGCGGAAAACGCAAAAAGCGACAAUGAGCGCAAUAAUUCCACCGAAUCCUGCGCCAUGGACGACAAGAGUCUGGAUCAGCCCAAACAGAGAAAAAAGCGCUCCAGGGCCGCUUUCUCCCACGCGCAGGUUUUUGAACUGGAGCGCCGCUUCAACCACCAGCGGUACCUGUCCGGACCGGAGCGGGCUGACCUGGCGGCCUCCCUGAAGCUCACAGAGACUCAGGUCAAGAUCUGGUUCCAGAACCGCAGGUACAAGACGAAACGUCGCCAGAUGGCCGCCGAUCUGAUGGCGUCAACUCCGGCGGCCAAGAAGGUGGCGGUGAAGGUUUUGGUGCGGGACGAUCAGAGACAGUACGGCCCCGGAGAGAUUCUGCGGCCCCCGCUGCUCUCCCUGCAGCCGUCCUACUAUUACCCGUACGCUUACUGCCUCCCUGCGUGGACACUGUCUGCGUGCGCAGGGAACCAGUGACUGUAUUUAUUCUUUUUAUAUAUAUAUUUUAUUCUCGUUAUCCGGGGAAAUCCAAUGACCUAAAGUCUCUUUUCCCACCCCCUGACAAUAGGACCUGAGGGAACUGAAUGCGCUCAGCGCCUCAAACUGAACAGCCUCAUCCAAACCAGUGGGUUCCACAUAUUUUAUAUAUAUUUUCAGUGUUCUGAAAUAAUUAAAGUGACUCCUCACUCACUUUGUUAAAAGAUCUGUCCGGAGGAUUCCCUUUCAAUAAGAACCUUGUCAUAAUUUAGACUGUAAAAUUGCGAGAAAUCAGACCUCCUAAUACUGUGUAUGUUAGCCUGGAGUGUAUCACAAGUUUUUUUUUUCGCCUGGGGCCCUUAAAAAAAGCGAAGCCCCUUGGACCUUCUAGUACGGGUGACUGAAAAUGUCGCCCUGUGUUGGUUUGUAUUUGACAUGCGCCUUCCUACCUCUGCAGUGAUUGGAAAUAGGUUUUGACUUAAAUUACUGUCUCUUCUAAAUGUAUUUUUUUUCCCUGUUUCUAAAGGUAAACUAUUUCAGCACUUUUAAGCAUAUUCAUUACAUUAUUUCAAUAUGUGGACAGACUGAAAAGAGGCGGUUUGUUGUGUUGUUGGCCUGUCGGUGUGCAGGCAGACAGACCAGCUCGUGUUGUGCAUGUAUUUGUGUUUACUGACUGAUUUAGAU